CCUUCCUUUCUCUCCUCUUUGUACCAGCAGUAGAGUCUCCCCACCUUAAUGGCCUCCCUCUCCCCACCUUAGGGAUUUUGACCCGGUGGACUUGGCGAAGACUGGCCGACGGCGAAACCAGCCGCGAAACCACCUAAAUCGGCGUUCGGUUCGGCAGCGACGGUGGGGAAUCAGUUGGUUCGCAUGAGCUGCUGCUCGUCCUCAGUGAAGACCAUCUUGUCGGAGCAGAAGCAGAAGUUGGACAGAUAUGGUUACAUCGCCGUCGAGAGGACGUCCGAGAGGCAGAGGAUCAGGUUUUAGGAGUGCGCAUGGAGAAAUGGAAUCAGCUGCAUUACUAAGAAGAGGAAGAAUUGCUGGUUCUAGUAGCAGAGGGCGUGCAACCAGAGGACAUAGCAUUCCUUCACCUCCUCCCGAGAUUUGGAAUCCAAAAUUGUUUGGCUCUCAGAAGCCACACGUUCUGCAUGAAAUAUUCUCAAAAUUUGAGCCUUUCAAAGUAUUAUUGAUGAAAGAUAUUUCAUUUGAUGGGCUGGCAGAAAUGUCCAACCUGCAAUGGAAUUGGCAGUUCUCUUUUUUCUGCCUCUUUCAGACAGAUGCUGAUGCGGAUCCUAUAGAGUUUGAGUACCCUGAUGGCACCAGAGUACCCAUGUACCCAUCACACGUACACGGCAUUAUAGGCAUUAAAUCUGAGGGCACACAUAUUUCUGUGGUUGAUGAGAAUGUUCCUGAAGAGAUAGUGGAAGAAGUUUGCAGGGCUUUAGGAGUGGAGGAGUUAACAAUCUCUGCUGUUUGGAGGGUGGUUGAAAGGAAAAUUAAUGAACAGAGCACCAAGCAGGAGCAAGAAGCCUUCCAAAUAGGAGUUGUCAUUUUGGCCUUUGCAUUUAUGCUGGACUGCAGAGACCGGGAGCCUAAGAUGCCAAUAUUUACUUCCUUACCUAAGCACUGUUGAGAAGCUUAAGCAGGUGAACUAUGGAAGGUGUGUACUUGACAUUAUUGGUAUUGCUGCUUGGAUGGUUCAGGAAAGGAAGAGAAGUGGUUAUUCAACAUGCACAGUUGGGGGUUGCUCCAUUGUAUCUCAGCACGGGCAAAUGUGUUCCCCAGAACUGUCAGGAAGGCCAGAACUGCAAUGAAGAUAUUCAGUGUGGCGGAAAUACCGAGCGUGAAGGAGAUCAUUUGGUGAUGAAUACAGAGCCUCAUGAAGUAUGCACCGUACAAGCUGUCCAUGUGGAAUCACCCAUUGUUGAUCCGAAAGAAUCAUCUGUUCAGGGAGAUGGCAGUGAGAAGAAAUCUGAUGUUGCCCCUGCUUGUACAGGUGGAUCUGAAAGUACAAAUUCUGGCAACGUGAGUUCUUUAGUUAGUAGUUUCUUCAUGAGUCUGCCUAGGGAUCAGAUGUUAGGAGGUGCUUUCGAUGAUCUUUAUAAUCUGCAAGGACCUGACGCUCCUAUAUUUGAUGAGACACCACAAUGCAAAGGCAAGGAUGGAAUGAAUUUUGGGGAGACUCCUGUGGAGGGCCAGAAUGUGGAGGCUGUACCUGAUCAGUUCAUGGCACUGCAUGACCCAUCAGAUUCUUCUAUUCAACUUUGGACAUCUGAAGGUAUACCAAAGGUGUAAUGUACCAAAGAAGUACAGCACGUUGCUGAAUAAGAUUGAUGGCGAAGAGGCAAGCGCAACAGCUGUGACCGAAGGCGCUAGUACUUUGUACUAGGUUGAGCGACGUAAUGCAGAUUGUAGGAAGAAUGUGUAGAACUGAAAUCGUGGUGUGUUAUGGUUGUAAUGUUUUUAAUUUACCUGCAAGAAACUAUGUCACGAUGAGCUGGUUAGUAUAUGUGGUUGGUGAUACCUGUAGGGAACAAUGUUAUGAUGCCAGUACUGGAUUUUAUGUGUGUAAGGACUGGUAGCACUGUGGUCCAAAAUAAAUGGUUGUCAUGGCAGUACUGUAUUACAUAAGUGGAAUGAAGUACUGAACUACAUAAUUACUGAACGGGUA